AAUAGACAUUCUAGUAGUUUCCAAGGCACUCAGGGGGUGUGAUCUGGUGGGGCCUGACCAGAGGGGAGGGGUCAGCUGGCUGGGGUGGUAUCAGGGUGUAUAAAAGCUCUCUGCGGAGCCACACUCCAGCAUUUCAGGAGAAGAGUUUGGAACCGACCGGGGGAUUCUAACUUCCACUGCCUUAACACAGGUCUAAAUGGCUGAGAGACGGAUCCCGUUCACCAUGAUGCGCAGCCCGAGCUGGGACCCAUUCCGGGAGUGGCACCAGGCCAGCCGCAUCUUCGACCAGGCCUUUGGCAUGCCCGCCCUGCCCGAAGACUUUGCCACAUUCCCGAGCAGCCACUGGCCGGGGUACCUGAGGCCGUCCCUCCUGGGCCCGGACAUGGCCACCGUGAUGCCUCACACCCCCACCAUGUACCCCAGCCACUCCAUGGCCCACCCCCACCGGGCCCUGUCCCGCCAGAUGAGCAGCGGCAUGUCCGAGAUCCACCAGACGCCCGACAACUGGAAGGUGUCCCUGGACGUCAGCCAUUUCUCACCUGAGGAGCUGGUGGUCAAGACCAAGGACGGCGUGUUGGAAAUCUCAGGAAAGCACGAAGAGAGGAAGGAUGAGCACGGCUUUGUGUCCAGAUGCUUCACAAGGAAAUACACGCUGCCGCCCACGGCCACCAUUGACAAGGUGACGUCCUCCCUGUCCCCUGAUGGGGUCCUGACCGUGGAGGCCCCCGUGGCCAGGCCAGCCAUCCAGUCCUCAGAGACCACCAUUCCCGUCAACGUGGAGAGCAGAGGCGCCGUGGCAAAGAAGUAGUCCUGUAAACAAACCGUUCUGCCACUGAAACAAUAAAGGAAGAGUUCAGAAGAUGCCGUGUGUCCUUUCUUCUCUUUGUCCCGCUGACCAUCAGCUGGCCUCACCCCAUGUG